ACGCUCUCGAAGAAAACACGAUGCAUCUUUCAAUUCUUGCAAGAGGUGAACAAAUAGCAGCUGACCGGUGUAAAAGCUGCUGUUCACUCUACCACUGCCCGCUGUGUCCUUCAUUAAAGGCAACUAAAUUCAGCAAGUUUAAGAAACACUUGGAAGUACACAUCCAAAAUUCCAUUUCGUUUGAAGAUAAAACGAUAUGCAGAUGCAAUCUGGAAUGCAGGAACUCAGGACAUUUCCAUUGCCCUUUCUGUCCGAAGACUGUACUAAAAAAAGUGACAUGGCCAAACACUUGGUGGCUUGUCAAAAGAGAAGUCUGAAUACAUCUGCCUUGGCUCCUGGGACCACGAUGAAUCCACUCCCAUCUACCCUAGUUGCACUGACAUCCUCACCCCUAAAGACAGUAUCCCCCUUUCCAGUCAUCAGCAAGAGCCCUUCCCAUAUUGAUGACCACACAUACUGUGCCAUGUCAACAGUUGCCCUGGAGGAUAAGCAUAUGCUGCUGGAUAAUAAGAAAGUCAAAUGUCCCCACUGCAGUCUUGUGUGCUUCAAGAAGAACAUUCCAAAACACAUCCAAAGAAAACACAAAAAAGAAUCGAAGGAUAUUUCAGUCCAGGAUCAUUUGAAUAGUGCCUGUGUGGACCCAGACAACGCAAUUUUUGCUGUGCAAAAGUCGAAGCAUGGUUUCUCUGUACCGGUUCAUGUACAAAAUAAGACCUUCGGACAUCAACACAAAGUGGAGUGUGAGUUGGAAGAGUGCAGACAAUAUCACUUCUUGGCAGUAAGAAGUGGUCUACCAUUUAAACACUGUGAGCACAUCCGCUCGUUACAGUACUGUACUCAGACAGUGAAGGAAGAAAGACUUUUGGCCAAUGUUUUGGAGGAAAUGGUGGCACUUCAAUUUUUUGGGGUGGCAAAAAAAGCCUCAUGCCUUAAAAGACAACAUGUUGCACAGAUGAGUCAUAUACCUCUCUGUGCACAAGUAGAUUUUAAGCUGACAACAAAGCAUUUGUGCUUCUCCAUAUAUGAGCCAGUUCUGAGUCAUUACACCCGUCUUGGAAGGUUAAUUGUUACAUACAAUGCUUCUGAGAAUACAUGGCAUUGCCCUUGUGCCAAACCAAGGCGUUCGUGUUUACACAAAAAUAUCAGCAAAUGGCAUUUAUUCCAAACAAAUCGUGACCUGUUUAUAACCCAGCCUCCUAGUCCAACCACACUCCAUCAGAAGCAUGACAGUACUUAUCCACCGUUGAAUGAAAACUUAAGGCAGUUGUCGAAUUACAUUUACACUCACAAAAAGCUUCCAGAUGACCUACCUGGUGAGCUUUUGCAGCCAAAGGCCACUACUGACUACAUGGCAGAAUUGCAUCCAGCAGAGACAAUUUGCACUGUCUGUCCAGACACUGUUCAGCUACAUAAAUCCACAAGAAUUACUGGAAAAGCUAAGAUAGUCACCAUGAAUGGUGUGAUUGGAAAUGUUUCGACCUAUUUCAGGAGAUGUCCACAGUGCCAAAUGGUUUACAGGUAUCAAGAACGGAAGGAUGGUCUACACAAUUUUAAUGAUCAUCUGGUACUGAGCCUUGAACUUUGUGUGUACCUAAGACACAACCUGCAGAACCAUGUAUCAAUAUCAAAGGUGAUACAUUCACUGGAAAGUCUUAGGAAAGAAAAAUUUCCUGCCCCAGACACCAUCUGCCAUGCUUACUACCACUUUGAGGCACUGACAAACCACGAUUAUUCUUUUUCGUGUGUCUGCUGUGGAUACUACCCACCAGUAGUGGUGAUGGACCUCCACAAAAAGGGAGUUUUUAAUUUACCCGUGAGUGACAUCAAGGAAGCUUCUGAAGACUUUACUGGUGAAGUCGACAUUGAACAUUUCUGGGAUAAUGUUCAACUGGAGAUGAUUUCUUACGGAUUUACCCCAAGUAUUUGGAUUUCUUUUUAUUCAUAUCUCAUGCAAAAAAACCCCUUUGGUGUUAAACCAAAUUUUGAGUAUUGGGCCCCAUGGAUUGGAAAGAAUACGCGAAAGUCAGAGGUUGUGCUUAACACGGAGUACGAAAAACUGUCAGCUUCGAAAUCCUCAGCUGAAACUGAAGUCAGCAUGGUGUCAGAGGAUCGUCUUGUUGAUGAGCUAAUGAAACAGAAGGUUUCAACUGUGCGCAAACUUUGCAAGGCCUGCAAUCUAGAUUGUAGGGGAUCACGGAUGGAUCUUAUCAUUAGGCUACGAGAAGAAAUGAAGACAAGACAUUCAUAUGAUAAAAUAUUCCAAAAGAUAUGGGGUGCAUCUGGUGGAUGGUCUGUGAUCCUCUGUCCUCAUGCUGUGGUUUACAGCCUUAAAUUUAACUUGAGGGCAGAGUCUCCGAGGGAUUUUACAGACCUCCUUUUAUCUUGGAAACAUCUUCCAAACGUCUCCGUCUAUGAUUUUGCACGAGAUACCAGUGGAAACAAUGAACAAUGUGGAACCCACUGUGCGGUCAUUACAAAUUGUGAGAGCAUAAGACCAUGCAGAGCUUCAUGGGCAGUUAAAACUCAUCCUGCUCAAGAACGGCUGCUUGCGUACAUCUUGGACAUUGAGAGGCCAGAAACGGAGUUGAUAGUCCAAACAAAUAAAGCCUGUCUGACACGUUCUGACUUUUGGACCCUUGGAUUAAACAGGGAAAUGGAAUCAACUAUAGGAAAUGCAUGUUUGGAACUUGUCCAACGAAUAGCUCAUUCAAAGGGAAAGAACAUAUUUGUGGCCGACCUCUAUGUUGUCGCGACAUGGCGUAAGCCUACAGAAUGUGACCCACUCAUGCAUUUGCCUAUUGACGUCAAAAACAGAGAUGCUGUCGUUGUUCCCAUUUGGCAACCUGGACACUUCAUGUUAUCUGUAAGUAAGCAUGAUUAUCUGUAAGCAUCACGACUGUUUACAUAAAUUGACAUGGCUAAUCCAUUUACUUUUGGGAACGGAUAGACCAUCACUGUCUUCUUGGCCAUUUCCCAACAAACUCCUCUUUUUGUUACUUACAUUCUGCAUCUGCAUUUUGACGGCUGUCUUUAAAAAUCCUGCUUCCUAUUAUAGUUUUAUUUGUAAGUAGUGUCAUGCAUGAUAAUUCUGCUUUCUUAGAUUGUGCUUACUUUUAUUUGAAACUUGAUGUGAAAAUGCUGCUUUGUUCUGUUUUGUCUUUUCACACUGUUUUAAUGUCCUCCACAUGAACUAUAUAGGUUUUGAAGCCAUUACAGAGAGACAUAGUCUUUCUAGACUCCAAAUGUACAUACACAAAAUUAGGAUUUGGUGAUCACGAGAUGAGGGAGCUUUUGAGGUCACUGACAAAAUUCAAUAUCCGUUCUUAUCUGCAUGGCAUUUCCAUGACAUUCCGGAAAAGCUUGGUUUGGUUUUUCUUAGAGGGUAUUCCUAUGUUUCAGUCUUUUUAUGGUGUCCCUUCAUUUAAAACAGAAUUGCGUUCCAAAUGAUUAAUGCAGUAAUGUGAAGCUGAAUUUAUAAAAUGGCACUAUAAAAAGCCUGCUGAAAUGGAGAAUGUUUGGUUUGCAUGAGUCAUUUGACUGUUUGGUGUGCUGUGUUUGCAUGAAAAACGUUUAUAAUUGCUUAACUACUGUAUUUAAU